AUGAAAAAAUUACCUAGUAGUUAUUUGGAGCCCAAAAUAUUUGAUAACAAAUACAUAAUCAAGUAAAAUUUGAGUUCUGGGUCUUUUGGAGUUGUUUAUUUGGCUAUUCAUAAAGUCACACGUGAAGAAGUGGCUGUUAAAUUGGAAAAAGGAGAAUAAGAAACAUUAGAUAGAGAAGUUUACUUGCUAACUAAAUUGUAAGGCAUUUAAGGAAUCACCAAACUUUACUGGUUUGGAAGUGAGCAAAACUAUAAUGUUAUGGUCAUCGAAAUCCUAGGUAAGGAUUUAGGUUAUUAUCUUAAACAAUACAAGCAAUUAUCAUUGAAAACUGGUUUACAAUUAUUAGAAUAGCUCAUUACCAUUUUUAGUUUUGUGCACAACAAAGGAAUUGUUCAUAGAGAUCUAAAGCCUGAAAAUAUAAUGAUGGGCAAAACCAAUACAACACAGGCAUAUUUAGUUGACUUUGGAGUUUCUAAAUAGAUUUUUGAUUAAGGAAAACAUAUCCCUUUUCGAGACAACAAGUCAUUCAUUGGAACGACUCGAUAUGCAUCAAUUGCAGCUCACAAAGGAUAUGAAAUAGGAAGAAAAGACGACUUAGAAUCCCUUAUGUAUGUUAUCAUAUAUCUAAUUUUGGGCAAAUUACCUUGGCAAAAUCUGUAGAAUAUUGGAGAUAAAGACAGAACAAUUGUUGUUGGAGAAGUGAAGAUGCAAACAUCAAUCUAGUCACUCUGUAAAGAUUUGCCUUCGCCUUUCUCUGAAUAUCUGAAUUAUUUAAAAGGGCUAGAUUAUUAAGACUAGCCUGAUUAUGAAUUACUAAAGAAAAUUAUGAGGCAAUGUUCUGAUGCAAAUACUUAUGAUAAUUAAUUCGAAUGGACAGAUAAAGUACCAGAGAAACUUGGUGAAGUUAAAUAGUAAAGCUCAUUCUUAGCUGUCCCAAAUGGAUUAAAUGAUUAGAAUAGAUAAAACACAAAAAAAUAAUCUUAUAUGGGUUCUCAAUCUUCUAAUAUUGUUAAAUAUAUACCUUCCAACCAAGACGCUCUUUAAAUAAAAAAUCAACCCUAAAAAAUUAUAACCAGUCAACCUCAUAUUGAAGUGUUGAAACAACUAGACACUGUUGAUUUUGAUGAUAUCGAAGAAAACAUGUAAAAUUAUCCUACUCUAGAACAAAAGUUGCUGAGAUUGCAAAGAUUUGACGCAAAAUUUAAGGAAGAUUGCGUAUCUAAAUCUGCAAUUCAUGUUUUUGAUCAUUGA